UCAUAAAUUUCAAAAUGUUAUAUUUACUAGAAGCAAUUUGCAAAAUAAACAAUAUGGACAGUUUGAUGGUGUGACACCAUCCGGUUAUGUUUCACAUCCAUCAUAACCCCAUUUACCAUGUGCCUAGAAUAUCUGUCAGACAAGCUGCAGGAUGUAGAUUAGUUUUCAACAACACAGUAUAUAAUAAAACAAGAUACUUAGCACUUUCAUUAACAUCAUCCAAAUAUCACAGCACUUCUGCGUCAACACUUAAUAAAUACUACACUAAAAGAAGAAAGAAGUCACAUGUCAUUCUACCUUCCACAUUUAAUUUUUCUACAUGCAGUUUCAACAAAACUAAAUAUUGUUUUAAUGGCGUUCAACAUUGUAUGUUGCACACUUCUUCGAGUUCUUUCCAAGAGAAAAAAGAAGAUUUUAAAGUGUUGGAUGAGAAAAGUAGAAUUGAAGAUUUUGUGAAAUAUCAACUGAAAAAACAUGAACAAAAAGAAAAACUAAAAAUAGCUAGUCAGAAAUUUCACGAUGCUUUUAUCUUUAAAGUGGAUCAAAGUCUACCUUCCAAUGCCAACAAGGAUGUUGAUCAACCUGAGGGAGCUAUCGUACCAGCUAAAAAGCCUAUAAUGCAGAAAAUUAGAGAUGAAAUCAGACAUUACUACAAUGGCUUCCGGCUAUUGUAUUUAGAUAUAAGGAUUGCUGGAAGAAUGUUAUGGCGUGUUAUGAAUGGAAAAUAUCUGACUAGACGAGAAAGAAAACAGUUCCUGCGUACAGUUGCAGAUCUAUUUCGAUUGGUUCCAUUUAUGGUAUUUUUGAUUAUUCCAUUCAUGGAAUUUUUACUACCAGUUGCAGUUAAGUUAUUCCCUGGCAUGUUACCAAGCACUUUUGAGGAUAAAAAGACUAAGGAUUCAAAAAUGCGAGCUUCCUUGAAAAUGAAGUUGCAGAUGGCAGAAUUUUUACAAGAUACUAUAGAAGAAAUAGCAGUUAACUCAAAAACAAAGAAACCAAGUGAAAAGUUAACAAACUUCGCAAAUUUUGUGCUAAAGACUCGCUCGGAAGGUGAACGUCCAAACAAUGCAGAGAUAAUGAAAUUUUCUAAGUUGUUCGAAGAUGAAAUUACUUUGGAGAAUAUACCUCAUGAUCAGUUGAAGGCUUUGUGUCGGCUUAUCAUGAUAUCACCUAUUGGUACAAGCAAUUUUCUGACAUUCAAAAUAAAAAUGAAACUGCAAGAAUUAAAAGCUGAUGAUCAGUUAAUUCGUAGAGAAGGCAUAGAAUCCUUGAGUACUGAAGAGCUUCAGAAUGCAUGCGUUGCUCGUGGUAUGAGGGCCAUGGGAGUACCUGUUGAAAGAAUGAAAUCAAACUUGCGCCAGUGGCUGGAGCUGAGUUUGGAUGAAGACAUUCCAGCAUCUUUAUUGUUGCUUUCAAGAACACUGUAUAUGGGUCCAACUGUUGCCGUAGAUCAGCAACUAGAAGUGACAAUCAGUCAAUUCCCUGAAAGACUUAUCGAUGAAAUGGAAGUGAAGAUUGGUGCAAUUGAAGGAGAGGCGGUGGAUCGACAAACUAUCAUUGAUAUUAUAAAACAUGAGGAAGCACAGAUUGCUGCAGAAAAGGCUGAGACUAAGAAAAGAAAAGCGAAAGAAGAAGAGCUUAAGCAAAUUGAACUUGCUGAAGAAAAGGCUAGGGAUGAAGAAUUAUUAAAGGAGGAACUACUGACCGUAAAAGAAACUAUUUCAACAGAACGUGAAGAGCUAGAUAAAAUUAAAGAGGAUCGUGAAGAAUAUAUUGAGGAACUGGAAGAGUUAAAGAAAGUUGAAGUUGAAGAGACAGUCAAAGAGAGUGUUGCUAGUAGCCGACUCGGUAAACGUAUUGAUUCCAUGUUGAAAAAGAUAGAUUCUGACCUGAAAGAACUGGAGGAUAAAGUACGGGAUUUGCCUGAAGGAAAAAUUGAUAAACAUGAGGAUGGAAUAGUGACCACAAGUGAAUUAUUUGAUGCUGUGAAGAAACUACGUAAUGCACCAAAUGAAGCUAAAACCAUCCGUCUACUGGAAGUUCUUGAUGAAGAUAAUGAUGGGGAAAUUAGUUUAGAAGAAUUAAGAAAGAGUUUACACUUAGUUGCAUCUCAAGAUCUAGAUUUAAAUACUGCUCAAAUCUCUGAAAUGAUGUCCUUGAUCAGAGGAAGUGAGAAGGUAUAUUUGGUGGAGCAGAUGAUAAAUAAAAAGAAAACAAACUACAUCUUACGACUUCUACCUCAAAUAUACAGUAGAAGAUUGACAGACGAAUAACUACAUAAAGUUUAGAAAUAUUUUUUAUAACUGUUGUAUUUUAAUUAUUUAGUGUUUAAAAAUUUCACCACAUAUACAUAUGUUUGUUGUGUAAUUUUGUGGUGUCUGAUUUGAAAACGUCUAAUAACAUGAUAUUAUUGUAUUGAAUUUUGUCCUCUUAACACUAUAAUGCUUAAAAACACUCCCAAA